UUGUUUAGCUAAAAAAACAUUCAAAGACAUCAGAGAGUCCAAGGAGAUCAGAUUACUCUGAAGUCUGAACAAACUAAUUUAACCUUAAUCUGGUUUAGAGCUCUCGUGGAAGGGCGCCUUGUACACCUCUCCCGACUCUAUCUUCUCAUAUUUUGAGCAGCUGAAGGAAGAGAGGAGCUGUUCCGGGUAUCAAUUCUCCGAACCCUAGCCGAACAUUCACGCUCUGGUUGGACGUUCGCGUAAUGUCAUCAGUGUCUAGUCAGCCUCAGUUUCGGUAUACACAGCCUCCAUCCAAGGUUCUCCACUUAAGAAAUUUACCAUGGGAAUGCGUAGAGGAGGAACUGAUUGAAUUGGGAAAGCCAUUCGGUAAAGUUGUCAAUACCAAGUGUAAUGUUGGAGCAAAUAGAAACCAAGCUUUUAUAGAAUUUGCUGAACAGAACCAGGCAAUUGCAAUGAUAUCAUAUUAUGCUUCAUCAUCAGAGCCAGCUCAGGUGCGGGGCAAAACUGUGUACCUACAAUACUCCAACAGGCAAGAGAUAGUGAACAGCAAAACCACUGCAGAUGUUGCUGGAAAUGUACUAUUAGUGACAAUCGAGGGAAAUGAUGCACGCCUUGUCAGCAUUGAUGUUUUGCACUUGGUUUUCUCCGCUUUCGGAUUUGUGCAUAAGAUCACUACAUUUGAAAAGACUGCUGGAUUUCAGGCUCUGGUGCAAUUCACUGACACAGAAACUGCUACUUCUGCAAAGGAUGCUCUUGAUGGAAGAAGCAUCCCCAGUUAUUUAAUUCCAGAACUUGGACCUUGUAGUCUCAAAAUCACAUAUUCAGCUCACACUGAUUUGAGCGUAAAGUUUCAGAGUCAUCGUAGCAGGGAUUAUACGAAUCCUCUCCUCCCUGUUGCACCCUCUGCUAUUGAUGCAAGUGGUCAGAUCAGUGUUGGUUUAGAUGGAAAGAAAUUGGACUCAGAGAGUAACGUUCUUCUUGCUGCUAUUGAGAACAUGCAAUAUGCAGUAACCUUGGAUGUUCUGCACACAGUUUUUUCAGCUUUUGGAUCGGUCUUAAAAAUUGCCAUGUUUGAUAAGAAUGGAGGUCUCCAGGCUUUGAUCCAAUAUCCUGAUGUCCAGACAGCUACUGCUGCAAAGGAAGCCUUGGAAGGACAUUGCAUAUAUGAAGGGGGAUUUUGCAAGCUUCAUAUUACUUAUUCUCGACAUACUGAUCUCAGUAUAAGGGUGAACAAUGACAGGAGCAGAGAUUAUACAAUCCCAAAUGCCCCUCCUCCUCUACCAAGUGCUCAACCCACUGUGGUUUCAUCCCCAACAGCAGCUCCACCAGGUGUUCAUUAUCCAUACAACAACAACCCAUCUCAUUAUCCUCCCAAUGCUCCUCCUGCACAUCACCCUGGUGCUUCUUCAUGGAACUAUGCCGGUGCUGCGGGACCUUCACCUAUGGCCACCUCACACAUGCACAAUCCUCCCCCCUCUCCUUACAUGCCUCCUGGCAAUGUGUACUACAACACCCAAAACAGUGCUGUACCACAUUCCUCAGCUGCUGCUUCUGCAAUGCCUCCUUAUCAGCUUCGGUAACAAUGCAUGUCCCUCGAUUGGACUCUCUUUUUCUGGGUCACAUUGUUACUUUCCUUCAGAAUAUCUUUUUACCAGAACAUGUGUAAACUGGCUGUUAUUUCAUUAUCGCUUGCCUUCUCUCCAGAAGUUUUCAGUAGCUGAUGAUGCCCUCUAAAACACUGUAUGGCCUUAUUCAAUCAUACUGCUGUGAUUGUGAUAUGUGAAAAUGCGCUUAUUCAGAUAUUUUGGUCUUUAUUUAUCAUCCAAUGACCACUGACUUAGCAAGGCCCUUUUCAUAAUGAAAAAAUAAACAAGUGCGAUGUGUGUAGUUUUCAGAAGUUCAUUUUAAUUGCUAAAUGAAGAACUGUCUCAAAAGUUUUUGAAGAGCUUGUGUGCUAC